AUGACCCCAAAAACCUACAUCGUCGAGCACCUCGAUGACGAACUUGGACCAUGGUCUGAGCUUGAAUAUAUCACCAUAGCCAAAGAGUCCAAUCAGGCGGGUGCAAAAUUUUGCUUGUCGUCAAUUCCUCCCACCUUGGCCAUACCCGAGGUCUUAAAGGCCGUGCCGGGUUUCACUGCAGAUGGCCGCAGUGUCGAAACCUUAUAUGUCGAAAACAAGUCUCGUGUGUGCUUGCUUGAUCCAGCAGCCACUAAGGAGUUAAGUCCAGAAGAUGGCGACCUGUUUGACGUUUUCCUUUUUGGCGGAAUCUUAGGAGAUGAUCCACCUAGAGAUCGAACUUCUGAACUGCGAAAGAAAGGCUUCGAAGGCCGUCGGCUUGGCCCCAUCCAAUUGACAACUGAUACUGCAGUUCGUUGUACAAGAAUGGUUACUCAGGAUAAAAUUCCGUUGGACAAGAUCCCUUACGUUGACUACCCAGAACUUCGGGUCAACAAGAAUGAAAGUACAGAGAUGCCUUUUCGUUACGUGAAGGACGCCGAGGGAAACCCCAUCAUGCCAGAGGGAAUGGUUGAACUUAUUAAGAAAGACACGGAAAAGGGAUUUGGUGACAUGUUUUAG